AUGGCAGCUUGGGAUUUGUUGGGCUGGUUCAGAGAUGUGUUAGCAUCCUUAGGUUUAUGGAAUAAACAUGGUAAAUUACUAUUUUUAGGUUUAGACAACGCAGGUAAGACUACCCUAUUACAUAUGUUAAAGAACGAUAGAUUAGCUACUUUACAACCAACAUGGCAUCCAACUUCAGAAGAAUUGGCCAUCGGUAAUAUAAAAUUCACCACUUUCGAUUUAGGUGGCCAUAUUCAAGCUCGUCGUUUAUGGAAAGACUAUUUCCCAGAAGUUAAUGGUAUUGUCUUCCUAGUCGAUGCUGCUGAUCCAGAAAGAUUCAACGAAGCUCGUGUCGAAUUAGACGCUCUAUUCAACAUUGCUGAAUUGAAGGAUGUUCCUUUCGUUAUUCUAGGUAACAAGAUUGACGCUGCAAAUGCUGUUUCAGAAGCUGAAUUACGUUCCGCUCUUGGUUUACUAAAUACUACUGGCUCUUCAAGAAUCGAGGGACAAAGACCUGUCGAACUAUUCAUGUGUUCUGUCGUUAUGAGAAAUGGUUAUUUGGAAGCCUUCCAAUGGUUAUCCCAAUACAUCUAG